AUGGAAAACGAUAAAAUGGAAAUCUACGAAUCGCUGGUGCGUUGGCUGAGUGUACUGAAUGUUUCGGCUGAGCAUGAAACUGUACAGCAGCUCUCCGAUGGUGUAGCUCUCGCACAGGCACUAAACCAAAUCGCACCAGAAAUAUUCACCGAUGGCUGGCUGGCCAAGAUAAAGACCGACGUCGGGGCCAACUGGAGGCUAAAAGUGAGUAAUCUGCGAAAAAUCAUCGAGGGCAUCUACGUGUAUUACCAGGACGAGCUGAGCUUGAAUCUGUCAGAGGAGUUGCGCCCGGACGCGCUGAAGAUCGCCGAGAAAUGCGACGCCCACGAGCUGGGGCGUCUGUUGCAGCUCAUCUUGGGCUGUGCAGUGAACUGCAUCGAGAAACAGAAGUACAUCACGCAGAUCAUGGAACUCGAGGAGUCGCUACAGCGAAAUAUCAUGGCCGCGCUGCAGGACAUCGAGUACAUCUGGCAGGGCACUUCACCGUCGCGAAAUUCCAUCAACACCACCGCUAGCUUGGACGUAAAAACGCUGCAAGAGGACCGGGAUACGUUGGCGCAGAAGUGCCACGAAACGAACAAGAAGAUGUUGGUGCUGAUCGAAGAGAAGUCGGCCCUGCAGCAGGAGGUUUCCAAGUUGCAGGCCAUCGUGGGGCGGUACGAAAAUCCCAAUCUGAUCGGAGAUGACGGAACCUCGCUCGGUCCGAUCCAGUUGGGCUCCUCGAGGUACAACGAUUUGCGCAAGCUGGUGGACAGUUUGAAGGAUGAGCUGCUGCAGGCCGAAACAGCUCGGGACGACCUGAAGAUGAAGUCGAUGAUCCAGGAGAAAGAGAUCGGCGAGCUGCAGGUGAAGAUCGACGAACUACACGCGGCCUCGGCGGAGAUCGCCCAGCUCAAGGACGAAAUAGACAUUCUAAAGGAGGCGAAUGAGAAGCUGAAAAUAUGUGAAACGCAGUUACACACGUACAAGAAAAAGCUUGAGGACUACAACGAUCUCCGGAAGCAGAUCAAGUUGCAGGAGGAGCGCAGUGCGGAUUACCUGAAACAAAAUCUCGAAUACGAGGAAGAGGCCAAGAAGUACGCCGGUUUGAAGGGACAGGUAGAACUGUACAAGACAAAAAUCCAGGAUCUGCACGGCAUGCUGGACGAGGAGAUGGGCAAGACGGUCCGAGCCGAGUUCGAGUACAACCAGCUUCAAGCCGAGCUGGCGGUGAUUCAGCGUGAGAAGGAGCAUCUGCUAAACGAGCGAGAUACGCUCCGGGAGGCGUUCGAUGAGCUCAAGUGCGGCCAGGCAAUCAGUGCGGACGGCACGGGUCAUGGCAGUCAUGGUGCGGGUGGAAAUACAAUGUCGAAGGAGCUGCACUCCAACAAUCUGUACGAGCGUAUCGAGCGGUUAGAGCGUGAAAACAAGGCACUACGGGAAGGACAGGGUGGACAAACGGCACUAUCGCAAUUAUUGGAUGAUGCAAACCAGCGCAAUGAAAAGCUACGGGACCAACUGAAGACGGCGAACCAGAAGAUUCUGCUUCUCAGUCAGCACCACACGGACGACACCAGUUCCAAGAGCGAGUUAGAGAUGCAAUUGAAGCAAACGCUUGAACUCGGUGAGCAACGUUCUUCGCAAAUGGACGAACCGCAACUGCAGAUCAGCAAUAUGCACUCAAAAAUCGCCAACCUAGAGGCCGCCCUUGUCGUCAAGGAUCAGGAGCUGCAGGCGGCUGACGUGCGCUACAAGAAAUGUGUAGAAAAGGCGAAGGAGGUGAUUAAAGCCUUAGAUGCCCAUGCGAUCACCGAGGCACUUCUCAUGGAUAAGGUCGACUCGCCGAGUGGUACCGGAGUCGAAGGGAACCUGACGACGACCGGGAGUGGCACUCGGCCACCGAUGGGCCAACAGGAAGAACAACUGAUAGCGACAGCGUUCUACCGGCUCGGUAUGGCUUGCCACCGGGAGGCUGUAGACGCACGAUUGCUCAGCGGUCCGGGGCAAAGCUUUCUCGCUCGGCAACGACAGCCGGCGGCGAGGAAACCGAUGAAUGCUAAUAUUGGCAAGAAAUAACCAAACAUUGCGUUUAUCUUCUAAUCAUCCAUUUCAACGGCCUGUACGCCUGCCGGAACGGUGCCUUACCCUUAGCGAACUAGUGGUCUUGAACGGCGAGGACGACGGUAAGUUUUGUUAUCAAGGUUUUGAUUUCCUUUCGUAUGCAGUACUCUGCAGUAGAGACAAACACUGCUUCCAAUGUGGGAAUCGUGCCUUCAGCGAGCUCCCACGGAUAUUGACUUACUUUCAGCGAAAGUAGCAUUGGAUAUUUGAUUGUGCGUGCUUUUUUUAGGAGUGAGAUUGUUUGGUGUAUUAUUUAUUUUACACGGAUGAUUUACGUUUUUAAUCUUAUAUAAAUGAUCGAAUCGUAUU